GAUUCGUCCUUUAUUGGUCAAAGCUCAAUGUGUGUUGUUUAUCAAACGUUUUUUCGGUUGUUUUUUUCGUUUGACAUUUUUUAAAAAUUGUGAAUAAUACCUACCGAUAAACAAUCAUAAUCAUGGGACGAAUUCUAAUUAAAGGUGGUGUUUGGCGUAAUACUGAAGAUGAAAUUCUUAAAGCAGCUGUAAUGAAAUAUGGUAAAAAUCAAUGGUCACGAAUAGCAUCAUUAUUACAUCGUAAAUCGGCAAAACAAUGUAAAGCACGUUGGUAUGAAUGGUUAGAUCCAAGUAUUAAAAAAACAGAAUGGUCAAGAGAAGAGGAAGAAAAAUUGAUUAAUCUGGUACGAUUAAUGCCAACACAAUGGCGUACGAUUGCAUCGAUUGUUGGUCGUACAGCAUCACAAUGUUUGGAACAUUAUGAACAAUUAUUGGAUCAGGUGCAGAAUAAAGAUAAAAAUGCAGCAGGUACAAGUUUAGAUGAUCCAAGAAAAUUGAAGCCAGGUGAAAUUGAUCCAAAUCCUGAAACAAAACCAGCACGUCCUGAUCCAAAAGAUAUGGAUGAAGAUGAAUUGGAAAUGUUAUCCGAAGCACGUGCACGUUUAGCCAAUACCCAAGGUAAAAAAGCUAAACGUAAAGCAAGAGAAAAACAAUUGGAAGAAGCAAGACGAUUGGCACAAUUGCAAAAACGACGGGAAUUACGUAUGGCCGGUAUUAAUCUUCAUAUAAGAAAUUGGAAACAUCGUCGUCAUAUUGAUUAUAAUGGUGAAGUUCCAUUUGAAAAAACAGUACCUGCCGGUUUUCAUGAUACAUCGGAUGAUUCAUAUGAACCAGGUGGUUUAGAUUUCAAACGUUUACGACAACAACAAUUAGAAGGUGAAUUACCUUCGGUACGUGAAGAACGUGAACGUAAAAAAGAUAAAGAAAAAUUAAAAAAGAAAAAAGAGAAUGGCAUACCAUCAUCAUUGAAUAUUGAUGAAAAUGAAUUUCAACGACCACGUUCCAAAUUAGUAUUACCUGAACCGGCAAUAUCGGAUCAAGAAAUUGAACAGGUAGUAAAAUUAGGACGUGCAAGUGAAUUAGCUAAAGAUGUUGCCGAAGAAACGGGUAAUAUUGCAUCCGAAACAUUAUUAGCUGAUUAUUCGAUUACAUCAUCGGCAGUAAAUUCAAUACGUACACCAAAAACAGCUGCAUUUAGUCGUGAUAAUAUAAUGGCUGAAGCAAAAAAUUUACUUGCGUUACAAAAUGUUGAUACACCAUUGUUGGGUGGACAAAAUGCACCAUUAAUCGAUGUUGGUGGACAAACACCGGCAGGUAUUCGAACACCAGCAGGUUUUACAAAUAUUUCAUCUACUGGUGGUGCUACUGGUGCAACACCAAAUACAAUGAUAUCAACACCAUAUCGAUCAAUAACUUCAGGACCAUCAUCAUCAUCUUCGGCAAACAAUGAUGCUUUAGUUCCAUUAGUAUCGAAUACACCUGGUACUGGUAAUAUUCAAGAUGGUUUUACACCACUUUCAACACCUGUACGUGAUAAAUUAUCAAUCAAUCCAGAAGAAUCAUUAGCAUUAGAAGCACAACAAGAUCCUAAACAAUAUACCAAAACGGUAAAGGAAAAUCUUCGAAAAGCAUUUUCGAAAUUACCACAACCAAAAAACGAAUAUGAAAUUGUAUUGAAUAAUGAUAAAUCAAUCGAUGAUGAUGAUGGUGAAAAAAAUCAAGAUCAAGAUGGUGAUGAUAAUGAUAAUAAAAUGAUUAUUGAUCAAAGUGAAAUUGAUGCUGAAAGUCGUAAACGUGAACAAGAUCGUAUAAUGAAUGAACAAAAAUGGACACAAGCUGUACGACGUAAUUUACCACGACCAUGUGAUGUUCGUGCAACAUUAUCAAUAAUGCAGCAGCAGCAACAACAACAAUCAUCAACAGGACCAUUAUCACAGGCUGAAGAUCUUAUUCGACAGGAAAUGAUAAAAAUUCUUCAUUUUGAUGCACUAAUGAAUCCAACUGAUGAUCAAUUGACAUUUGCUGCGAUCAAAUCAAAAACAGCAAAAUCUGAAUCGAAAAAUUAUGAAACACAAUUGGCUAUGUAUUUGGAAAAAAAUCCAAUCGAACCGAUUGAAAAUGAAUAUCUAUUGAAAGCAAAACAAAUUUUGAAUGAUGAAAUAUCUUCAUUGAAAAAUGGAAUGGAACAUGAUGAUAAUGAUUUAUCCGUUGAAGAUAUGGCAAAAAUUUGGGAUGAAUGUUAUUCACAAUUAUUAUAUUUACCUGCACAGAAUCGUUAUACAAAGGCAUCGAUGGUAUCAAAACGUGAACGUAUCGAAUCGAUUGAAUCACGUUUAGAACAGAAUCGUCGUCAUAUGACACGUGAAGCAAAAAAAGCAGGUAAAAUUGAAAAAAAAUUAUCCAUUCUAUUGGGUGGUUAUCAUCAACGUUCACAAGAAAUGUCCAAACAAUUUCUUGAAUAUUGGCAACAAAUCGAACAAUCACAUUUGGAAUUAUAUUCAUUCAAAGCAUUGAAAGUACGUGAAGAUAAUGCUAUUGAAAAACGUUUAGAACAAUUAAAACAAGAUGUUAAACGACAAGAAGAACGAGAGAGGUCGCUACAGGCACGUUAUGCUGAAUUAUUAAAACAACAUGAAGAAUUACAGGAAUAACAUUAGAUUCGUGAUUUCGUGAUAAUCCAUAUUGACGAUAAUUCCAAGUCAAUCAUAUUUUCAUUUCAUUUUGUGAUGAUUCUUUGUUUUCAUUUUUG